AGGAAGCAAGGUAGAAGAGUGUAGAACAUUUUUUUGUCCUUUUUCCAAUACAUAAAUAGUAGUUGGAAGAGUGUAGAAUUAAUGGCAUCUGCUCUCAUCAAAUCCGCCUUCCGCGCCAGUGCAUUCAAGAGGAAUUUCUCUUCUUCCGCCCACAACGAUGAGGCUCGUGAAGCAGCUAAGUGGGAGAAAAUUACUUACGCUGGAAUAGCUGCGUGCGCUAUUCUUACAAUUUUUAAUCUCUCUAAGGGUCAUCCCCACUAUGAAGAGCCUCCUCCUUACCCGUAUCUGCACAUUCGUAACAAGGAGUUUCCAUGGGGUCCGGAUGGCCUUUUCGAGAGGAAGCAUCACUAAAACCUAUAUAUAUAUAUAUAUAUAUAUAUAUAUAUUCGUGAAAGGCUUCAAAAAGUUCAACGUACAGCAUCAUCAAUCGAAGUUGUGUUGAAAUAUGUUUGAAUUUACUUCAGAUGUUUUAGGCUGAUACUAAGCCAUAUCUGUGAUGUACUCUCUGGUGUUCCAUGUUGUGUAUGCUAUGUUACUUUAUAGUCUGCUCGAGUUUGUUUAAAUUGUUACCUAUUUAUACUCUAUUGCUUGAGGGUAGGAGUAGCAAAUAAAUUGGUAAAGUGGAAUAUAGGAUGGUUGAAAAUUAAUCAAUCGAUAUAAUAAUCGAUUCGAUCCAUAUUAUUUGAUAUGGAAAAAAUAGGUAAAUGGUAAUUUCAAUGGAUAAUAUGGAUACUCA